AAGAAACACAGUGCGUCAUACCAUGCCACCCAGUCUGGACUAGCGUGUGUAUAUAAACAUACACGAACACAAAUGGGAACAAGUCAAGCGUGAGGCAGCCUGUAACUGGGGGGGAAUACAGAGCAGGCGACGUAUGAAGACAGAAAGAUUCUUCACGCCAAGUUCACCCUAACUUGUUUGAGGAGGCGGGCAGAACGUUGGCCUUCCUGCUCUGUGAUUUGAUGUUUCUCCUUUCAUCGCCAUCCAGUGGGUGGGACGGUGAGAUGCCUCGAGUUUCAAUUGGACAUCCCUCCUGUCAAUUUGUGGCGGGAGCGCCUCUACCAAGCAAGUUAGCCUGACUCGUAAUUUUGUGCAAAUCUUAAGGAUCGAAUCGAAGUUCUCGACAAUAACUGUCCAGUCUUCUUGAAAUAUUUAGUUCCUUGCACGAUUUUGUGCAAGAAUCUGAAGUCACAUCGUCCGCUGAUGCAAUUUGCAUUAACAAAAGAACAAUGAGGCUCUGGGAUUGCUGGGACCAGGGUAGAUUUAAUUUGAAUAUCUGACCAUGAACUGAUGACUAGAUGAUUAGCUGAUUGAUAGCAGCUGUGCCAAAUUGAGUUACCAUGAGUACUACCAAUGGUGACAUUGAUGUAGAGGAACAGGAGUCCCCUUUAAACCCAUUAUGCUUUGCAUGUGGUCAGCAGCACUGGACACAAGAGAACCACCUGUACAAUUACCAACAUGAAGUGGACGAUGACCUCGUCUGCCAUAUUUGUCUCCAGCCAUUGUUGCAGCCAUUGGAUACACCCUGUGGACAUACAUUUUGCUACAAGUGCCUCCAAAAUUUUUUGAGACAGAAGGACUUUUGCCCAUUAGACCGCAAACGGCUUCACUUUAAAUUGUGCAAAAAAUCCAGCAUUCUUGUUCACAAACUUCUAGAUAAACUGCUGGUGUCAUGUCCCUUUGAAAGUAAUUGUCAAGAAGUGAUGCAGCGCUGUGACUUGGAAGCACAUCUUAAACACAGGAGGGAGCCUACGCUCGCAGGAAUGCCUUACCAAGUUGGAGGAGAUGAUCCUCUUCCUUUGGGCAGAGGGGUCACAGAGGCACGAACCACCUCACAAGUAGAGACGAGGAAAUCUCACCGGUGCUCUGGAGCGUCUGACCACAGGGCUGCUUUGGAGAAUCGCAAGUCUUGUGGGUCUAGUGGAACAGAGAGUGAAAGUGACAGCAAAUCCACGGUGGUAGGGCAAGAGGAUCAUCCACCUUCAGAUGCAGACCAAUUACAGAUUGAAGUGGCAACUGUGGGAUGCAGCAGCUUUGCUUCACCAGCAUCAAUUUGUGCAGAUGAAUCCGGCCAAAAUAACCUUGCGUUUGAAGGAAGCACUAAGGAAAACAAUAUUCGUUCUAUGGAUACUCAGCCAAUCCGUCCUAAAAGGCAGCUGACAAAUUCCAAAAUCCAUUUUCGCCGAACAAACAGCACUGCAAGCUGGGAUCUCCGAACUGAACCCCAAAGUCCAACAGAGGAAGCACUACCAAAGCAACCUGGUCUGGCAGAAGGAGAGAUUACUGGUAUUGAACUUCACAGGGCUGAUCCCUGUAUGGAACUAGGCCUGAGCAUCGUAGGUGGGAAUGAAACUCCCCUAAUUAAUAUUGUAAUUCAGGAAGUUUAUCGAGACAGCAUUGUUGCAAAAGAUGGAAGACUUCUUUCUGGUGACCAAAUAUUACAGGUUAAUGGUGUUGAUAUCAGCAAUGUACCUCACAACUAUGCCAGGGCUGUGUUUACACGGCCCUGCUCUGCCCUACAUCUCAUAGUUCUCCGGGAAAGACGAUUUGGUGGAUUAACACACUACCAUCCUGAUGGCAGCUCUAUUCGAGAAGAUGGCUUUCAUGUGACUCUACUUAAAAGAGAAUCUAGCGAGCAACUAGGUAUUAAAUUGGUUCGUAGACUAGAUGAGACAGGCAUCUUCAUCCUGGACCUUCUGGAAGGUGGACUGGCUGCUCAGGAUGGGAGACUGUGCAGCAAUGAUCGGGUGCUUGCAAUAAAUGGCCAUGACCUGAAGCAUGGAACACCUGAACUUGCUGCUCAAAUUAUCCAGGGCAGUGGUGAGAGAGUUCAUUUUGUAAUCUCUAGAACAACAAAGCAGCAGUUCUCAAAUGUUAUUCGAGAAUUGGGUUCACAUACAAGUCAUCAGCAUCCUACCCAGUUAACACAACUCAUGCCCCAUAACAAAUCUAAUAUGCACAAGGAUCUGUCCCAAUGUAUUACUUGUCAAGAAAAGCAGAUCACUGUAAAGAAGGAGCCUCACGAAUCUUUAGGAAUGACUGUAGCUGGAGGUCGAGGUAGCAAAAAUGGUGAAUUGCCAAUCUUUGUUACCAGUGUCCAGCCACAUGGCUGCCUCUACAGAGAAGGAAGGAUCAAACGUGGGGAUGUACUACUGAGCAUCAAUGGUUCAGAUCUGACCUGCCUGAGUCACAGUGAAGCAGUGGCCACAUUGAAAACUAGCGCUAAUUCCCCAGUUGUAAUACUGAAGGCACUGGAAGUACAAACAACAGAAGAGCAGGGUCAAGCUGCAGAAGAGCGUCAGGGCUCAAACAAUGAGAAUGAGUUGGAUGCCAGUUGGUCACCAUCAUGGGUCAUGUGGCUAGGAUUGCCAAGCUCCCUUCAUAUCAGCCGUGAUAUUGUUCUACGGAGGAGUAAUUCGGGAAACUGGGGCUUUAGUAUUGUUGGAGGUUAUGAAGAAAAUCACUGUAAUCAGCCCUUUUUUAUCAAAACAAUUGUGUUUGGAACACCAGCUUAUUAUGAUGGAAGACUGAAGUGUGGUGAUAUGAUUGUAGCAGUGAAUGGACUCUCAACAGCAGGCAUGAGCCAUUCCGCACUUGUCCCAAUGCUGAAAGAACAACGAAACAAAGUAACAUUAACAGUCAUAUCAUGGCCUGGAAGCCUUAUUUAAAAUCAAACCAAACAAUUAGGAAUCAUGCAUUGUAUGAGAACAUUAGCUUCAAAUAUUAAAGUGUAUUACAAUCAGUGACCAGAAGGAUAUAAAUCUCAAAUGUUCUCUUCUGUAAAUUUUUUUUAAAAACUAACAUUUUCGGUACAACUAUAUGAUCAGUAUAUCUAAUCAAGAUUUUAAAUAAGUAUUGUUUAUUCAUGAAUAUUAAAGAACACCAAUUCAAGAUCAAAAAUUAGAUAAUCUUAUUAUCAUGUGUGACAGAUCUUUAAAGCCUUACCAGUCAGAUAAAUUUCAGACAGCCACAGUAGUUCAAGCCUUAGUGACUUUUGAACCUCAUGCUACCAUGAAUGUAGCUUCAAUGUGAAAUAACUGCUAGAAAUAGACUACAACUAGUGUUUUGAUCCAUUUCACUGAAUCAUUGCGCAAGCUUAUAACUAUGUGUAUACUUAAUUGCUACUACGGUGUAUUUUGUUGAAGGGUAGUAGUUAGCAAUACUUGCAUCAUGGGGGAUAUCAGCUUUCAAAACUGUCAUAUUAGAUAGGAGAAGAACAUGGAUAAAUUCAAAAUAUUCACACGUACAAAUUUGCAAUACUCAGCUUUAAUAUAAAUCACGUUUGAGAUUCAAAGCCCUGAACUUUCUAACAAAUUGAGUGCCUGUUUUAAUCCUUAUUUGAAGUUAGAAUUUUCUAUUUUAAGAGUUUGUGUUUUCUGGAAUUUUUAUCUCAUUACAACAUUUGCAUUAAAGAAACUAAAUAUGGUUUACUGAUAUAUGGAAAAAGAUUUUACAAAAAUUACAGUCUGAAACAAAAGCUGCCUCUGACAUGAUCAGUAAUAGAAAAUAGGCUAUUUAUUAAAUAUGCCCUUUCAUCUGAUUACACGUACUUCAUAAAAAAACAAUUUAAAUAGCAACCUAUCCUUUGGAAAAUAAAAUAUAAAACAUUGGAAGUGCACAUGGACAGUCGGCAUUAAAAAAAGCUGACAUUUUGCUUGGGGUCUUCCAUCAUAACCCCUUUGCUGAAGUUCUAUAAAAAGUUUACAGCUGAAAGCUUUUUUUUUCCCCCACUUUCAUAUGAUGACUGGCUUGUACAAUUGCAGAACUUCAUUUUUAUUUUCUAUUUCCUCCAUUCACAGCUUUUCCUUCUUAUCUAAGAUUAGCAUAAGUGAACAUAGGUCAUUGGAACUGAUGGUCAUUGCAUUUCCUUCUGUAGCUCAAGUAAACUUAAAAUAACUAUUGAAAGCAUUAUACUUGUCUCACUAUUUCUCAAAUCAGGGCAUAAAUUUAAUUGAGAGCCACUGAUAAACAAUACCUCUAGAUAUGUUAAGAUUUAUAUUAUUUCAAAUAGUCACUGAUACAAUGCAAGUAUGAACAAGAUUUGUCACCUCUCAUUGAAAAAAAAGAAAACUCAUUUUUCUAGGUUCAUCAUUAAAGCAGGAAAUGGAAAGACAAGAGAACCCUUUAAUAGUACUUAAUCAAUCUAAGAGUUAUUAAAACAGAGGUAAAAGUCAGGUAUUAGGAAUACCAAUUCCAAUCACCAGUGCUCGGAUUAGGUGCUAUAGUAACUUUUGUUUUUGAAAAGGAAAACAAAUGAUCACUGUCAGACAUAGCUGUGACUACACAUUGGAGCAAAUGAACCAGGAAAGAGGGAAAACAGGUUUGUUUUAAAUUGCAGAUAAGGUGGGAAGAAAUGGAUAGGAAAAAGGAACUAUCUCUAAGUGGUUGAGACUACAGUUUUCGUGAGGACAAGUUGUGAAGGUCAUCAGAUGGAUAAGUUAAUAGGAUAGGAAAAGAGAGAGGAAAAGUGAACAAAAGCUAUGAAGUGGGAGUGGUUAGAGAGUGAGAAUACAAAUAAAGCAUCGUAUCUUCCAAUUAAUCCAAAACAGUUGAAGCUUAUUUAAUAGUCCAAGAACAUGUCCCAGUCUAACUCAUUAAUUCUAGGGCAAGAGCAGGCCACCUGAAUUUUGUAUUUGAAUUUGUCUAAGAAUCUAACUGUUUAAGCAGUGUUUGUGUGAUAUUGUAAACUACCUAGAUAUUUUGUAACCUUAUUUUUGAAAUAAUUCAAUGCCAACGGGGAAUGGAGGCUCCCACCUACUCUCAAGAUACAGAGGAGCCAGAACAGGUGGCAUCAUGCUUACAAAUAUACAGUGAUGCUGAGUUUAUUAAAAAGUACAGAUAGUAGUAUAACCUAGACCUGCCAAAUAGAAAUCAUACUACAGUGAUCUAAAAGUGGUACCUAAAGCAGGAUUUUCCAAUAGAAAUCACACACAAGUACAUCAUGUAUAUGGUAACAUUGGUUUUGCAGCUUUGACUGAUUCCAGUAGAAAACCUACAAAUAACAUUGGCAAAUGUACUUCACGCUGUUGGUCUUUCUCAAAAUGUUGAAACUAUGUGAUUAAAUUUAUAUGUAUGAAUCACUUUGUACAGCUUCUAAGAUCUUAUUCUGUAGAUGCAAGUAGUGUCCGUUGACAUUAGAAUGAUUUCUGAGAAUGUUAACUCGUACAAUAAACCUUC